UUCAGACAUAUAAGGAAAUCAAAAGCUGAAAGAGAGAUGCUGAUAUGCUCCUCCUACAAGCAUUCUGCAACUUGCAAAAGAGACUUGGAGGAAGUAACACAUCACUCAUCACAGGAAGUAGAUUCUUUAUUUUUAACAUGCUGCAGCUCAGUGUCUCUGACAGUUGACAGCUGAGAAAGGGACAGAAAGAGACAGAGACGCACGAUGGCUGAAUUCAAAUGGAUUCAAAUGGCUUUAUUUGGGAUACUGCUUCAGUUUACAGAAGUAGCUGGACAAACCCAUCUCUACAUCACUGUCAGAGCUGGAGAUGAUGUCCCUCUGCCUUGUGAAAAUGUGAUAACUCAGGACAACUGUGACCAAACUACAUGGCUUUCUAGUUAUAACAGGGAAGCAGCAGUAGAGCUGAUAGCAUUUGGACAGAUUAGAGAUAAUAUUACCAAAACUAAACCAGACAGACUGAGUGUUACAGAGAACUGUUCUCUGGUUAUAAAGAACGUCACAGGUGAUGAUGCUGGACGUUACAUCUGCAGACAGUUCUACACAUCAGGACAACAACUAGGUCCAGAUGCUGUGGUUCAUCUGUCUGUUGUUACCAUGGAAGAACUGAAGAACACUGAUGAUUCGUCCACCUUGACCUGCUCUGUGUUAACAUAUUCUGGUUGUGACCUCACAGUAGAGUGGCUGUAUGAGGGAGAUGAGAACAACGUGGAGAUAACACCGGGGACCUGUUCAGCCCAGGUGUUAUUUACUCCUGGUCUCAAUCAGAACUUACUGAAGUGUAACGUGACAGAUAAGAGGAAUGGAAACACACUGCUAUUCUCAUUUGAGAAAUCAGGAAGCUCAACAGUGGGAACAGAUUACACACCAGAGAAUGACACAGCGAUUACUGGACAACCCCCCCUCUACAUCACUGUCAGAGUUGGAGAUGAUGUCACUCUGCCUUGUGAAAAUGUGAUAACUCAGGGCAACUGUGACCAAACUAUAUGGAUUUCUGGUCGUAACGGGGGAGCAACAGGAACACUGAUAGAGUUUGGGCAGAUUAAAGAUAAUAUUCCCAAAUCUAAAUCAGACAGACUGAGUGUUACAGAGAACUGUUCUCUGGUUAUAAAGAAUGUCACAGGUGAUGAUGUUGGUCGUUACACCUGCAGACAGUUCUACACAUCUGGACAUCAACUAGGUCCAGAUGCUGAGGUUCUUCUGUCUGGUCUUUACUUGAGUGAGGAGAAGAACAACGAUACGGUCAUCUUAAUCUGCUUUGUGUUGUCAUACGAUAACUGUGACCACACAGUGGAGUGGCUGUAUGAGGGAGAUGAGAACGACGUGGAGAUAACACAGAGGGUCUGUUCAGCCCAGGUGUCAUUUACUCCUCGUGUUAAUCAGAAGUUACCGAGGUGUAACGCGACAGAUAAGAGGAAUGGAAACAUGCUGCUGUGUAACGUCGGCCCCCGGUCCUCAUGUAAGAAAACAGCGGGGGGGAGAAACAAAAAGGAUGGAACUUCAACCACACAAGGUUAUUUGCGGUUCAUCAUGGUGUCUUUGGGUUUAGCAGCACUCAUAACAACUGUUGUGGCGGCCAACGUAUGGAUGAGAACUAAAGGCAACAAAACCCAGAUGGAUGGCAAUGCUGAGCAUGGUGAUGAAGAUGAAGGUACAGUGGCCUAUGAAAACGUUGAAGAACCCUCUGUUUCUAUCAGUCUCCACUGACCAACAACUUCAGCUUGUGAAAAGAAGUGAAAAAAAAGGAAAUUUUAGGAUUAGGCUGUCUUAUGUGUUGAGUCUUUACACCUGACGUCUUGAAGCUUAAGUCUAACCUGUUUAAUGUUUUAGUCUUGAUGUUAAGAUUUUUCUCAUUGCUUUUAAAGGUUAAGCUUUGCCUGAGUUAUUCAAUCUUUUUGUAUAGACAAGAAAUUAGAAUAACACAUCGCAUUUUUGUCAUUCUUUCAUAUACAGUUCAGUACUGUACCAAAAUAAAUAGUUUUUCCCUAGCAGGGGCCCGGUAGGAAGGCAUUCUCUGAGGGCCCCUACCCACAUCCACAGCUAUUCAUUCUUCCCUGAGGAUAUUUCUACAACAUAUAAUAACAUAUAACAACAACAAUUCAUUUUUAUUUAUAACUGCUGUAAAUAUGUUCA